GAUUUUAAUUUUUCCAUUCAAAAUUUAGUUCACUACUCGCACACUUACGGUCAACAACACGAAACGGAUUUUCGUACAUUAAUGUCACCGGCCGGAAACGCGUAAACGUUUUUCUCUUAAAGGAUAUUCCAAAACAAGAAUCCUUUUUCUACUUUUAAGAAAUAAAACUUAAAAGAUUUUGAAUUUUAUUUUAAUCGGCUGCUUAGCAUUUUUCUAUAUUAUAACACGUUAUCUAUUGGAUUUUGAAACCCAUAACUCUGACAAUAUGCACAAACCUCUGACAGAUGUUCAGGUGCUUCGCGAAGCCGAUGAAGAUAAUUAUGAUACUAAGGAUGAUCAGAGUUUUCUUACCAAUCAUAUGAAACGCCAAUAUAUGCGUGGAAUUUCAACAACUACCUCACAAGCUGGUGGCGGCGGAGUUUAUUAUGAAGCUUUAAAGGGUUCCAGUGGUUCGCUGGUGAAAGGAUCACGCAACUACCGUCCGGGUAGUAUGCGCAAAGUUCGAAGACGAGCUGUAUUCAAAAAUGGCGACUGUAAUGUGCUACAGAAAAACCUCACCAAAAGACGUUUACGUUUUCUACAGGAUAUGUACACCACCCUGGUAGACUCACAAUGGCGAUGGACUUUAUUGGCAUUUGCUUUGUCAUUCAUAUUGUCAUGGUUGUUAUUUGCUGUUCUCUGGUGGCUGAUCAUGUAUACACAUGGAGAUUUGGAAGAGUUACAUUUGCCAGCCAAUCAGGAGGAAAGUGGCUGGGAACCUUGCGUCUCUGCUAUACACGGUUUCACUUCCUGUUUCCUGUUCUCUAUUGAAACCCAGCAUACAAUUGGUUAUGGUGUACGCACUACUUCAGAAGCUUGUCCCGAAGCCAUUUUCAUGAUGUGCUUCCAAUCUAUUUAUGGAGUCAUGUCCUCCGCCUUUAUGGCCGGUAUUGUUUUUGCUAAAAUGACUCGUGCCAAACAACGUGCCCAGACAUUACUCUUCUCGAAAAAUGCUGUCAUCUGUCAGCGUGAUGGUGCUCUUAGUCUUAUGUUCCGAGUAGGUGAUAUGCGCAAAUCACAUAUUAUUGGUGCCAGUGUUAAGGCGCAAUUGAUACGUACUCGUACCACCAAGGAAGGCGAAGUGAUGACUCAACAUUUCACCGACUUGGAAAUUGGUGCAGAUGAAUGUGGCUCCGAUAUUUUCUUUAUUUGGCCCAUGGUUAUUGAGCAUAAAAUCGAUGAAAACUCUCCACUCUACAACAUAUCCGCCACUGAUCUGUUACAAGAUAAAUUUGAAAUUGUUGUCAUACUUGAGGGUACUGUUGAAUCUACCGGUCAAUCGACACAAGCUCGUUCUAGUUAUAUCAACACCGAAAUUCUAUGGGGUCAUCGUUUUGAUCCAGUUGUUGUUUACAACAAAGAUCGCCAGGCCUAUGAGAUUGAUUAUGCUCGUUUCAAUGAAACAACACAGGUCGAUACUCCCCUGUGUAGUGCUCGGGAUUUAAAUGAAAUCUAUAAGAUACAGGAGGGUUUCACAACACCCGACAUUUGCAAAGAAUUUCCUUAUGAAUCGGGAAAAGAAAACACCAACUCCUUACGCUCCUAUGCGCCAAUGAGUCAAACGAAAAAACGUGCUGUUAUGUACACUUGGCAAUUUUCUACAGAAUCUUAAUACAUAAGCAGAUACUAAUUUUAAGCUUUUAAAAUAACAUAAAUUUUAUUUAAACAUAAUUUUACUUUUAUCCUUUGCAUGAUUUUUUUCCAGUUUCAUCACAUGUUUUAAGAGAAUUAAAAUCAUACAUCCAGCUGUGAAUUGUGUUUCGUGGUUACAUUAUCAGUUAAUUACCAAAUAUUUUUGUCGCGUUUUUUCUUUACUUCUGUCAUAAUUAAUAUGACAAUAUUAAUAAUGUUCAAUAAAAUUCCAUAUAACAUUAACUGCGAACAUAC